AUGACCCGUUUUCUUUCUGCACUCUCUUACAGGAAGAUUAAGAAGCACUGUGCGGAGCCAUUUACUGACUACUGGACGUGCAUUGACUAUACCAACUUGCAGGAGCUCCGUCGAUGCCGAAAGCAGCAGGCAGUAUUUGAUGACUGUGUGCUGGAGAAGUUGGGUUGGGUGAGACCUGAUCUGGGACAGCUGUCUAAGGUUACAAAAGUGAAGACAGACCGUCCUAUGCCUGAGAAUGCCUAUCAUUCUAGACCUAGACCAGAGCCAAAUCCACCCAUUGAAGGAGAGCUGAAGCCUUCUCUGUUUGGCAGUAGGCUCUUUUUCUGGUCCUGGUAAAGCGGGCAGGCUGUGCUGUAACUAAAGUGCAAAGAUGUAUUGCUUGCAAAUGUAAAUCGUCCAGUAUGCGUUGGGUGUAACUUUAAUGAUUAAAGAACCCCAGACCGUUA